GGUUUGUUAUUUAUGAUGGGUUAUGCAUCGAGCGGAGCGGGGCGGGCGGCGCACGAAGCGCUGCUGGCGCGACAGGACGCCGAGUUGCGCUUAAUGGAGACCAUGAAGAGGAGUCUCCAGGCCAAGAUGAAGAGCGACCGCGAAUACGCCCUCGCCCUCUCUGCUGCCGCUGCUCAAGGCCAGAAAAUGGACAAGUGCGAGGAUCUCAAUGGGUCCUUAAUAGCGUCCGCUUGGCGAACCAUGACGGAAGAGUGGGAGAACACCAGUCGCCUCAUCAAGGCUAAUGCGGAAGCCCUGGAGUCUCGGGCUUUAGACCGCCUCAUCACAUUGAUGACAGAACGGCGGAAAACCCGCAAAGUUUAUCAAGAAGAUCAUACCAAAAUAUCCUCACAGUUUACACAGUUAACAGAAGAAGUGCAGAGAAAGCAGAGCGAUUAUCAGAAAUGCCUGGAAUCGUACAAACAAAUGAGGGCUAAGUUCGAGGAGAACUACCUUAAAUGUCCGACGAGUAGAGGUGGUCGUAAGUUAGACGAGACUUACGUGUUACUGUUGGCUGAGGCGACGGAGUGCGAGCGGGCGCUCAGGACUGCUGCGUUGCCGUCGCUACUCGACCAACAGAAGCGACAAGGGGAGGCGACAGCGGCCUCAUGGAAGGCGAUACUGCUAGAGGUGGUGCAAAGAUCCGACUUCAGCACGGACAAGUUCCGGGAGAUUACGAGCAAAGUGGAGUCCACGAUACAAAACCUCAAACCACAAGAUGAAUACAAAGAAUUUAUGGAGAAAUACAAAUCACCGCCAUCAACACCCAUAACGUUUACAUUCGACGAGAGCCUAGUAGAAGAUACGAGCGGAAAACUGCAACCAAACCAGUUGACAGUGGACAAUCUCACUGUAGAAUGGCUGAAAGAGAAGCUGACAGAACUGGAGUCAUCACUACAAGAUAACAGAGAGAAGCAGACAGCGUUACACGGCCCUGAGAUCAUAGGCAAUGGUAUCUGCAAGAAUAACACUGGCUUACAAUCGGGUAUCAGCAAUGGUGUUAAUGGCAUCGACAGGCAUUCGCCGCCACCGAUCCCGGUGACGUCAUCGGAGCCGACGAAACUUCUAGAACUCCGAGUGGUGGAGCGCAAGUGCGCGCGUCAGGCGGAACUGAUACGAACCGCGCUGGCGGAGCUCGGCUGCGAGGAGGCGCCCAGCGGCUGUCCUGACCUGUCUGCCGAGACAGUCGGCGGAGACAGUCUGGAUGGCAGCUCGCCUGACCAUCAGGACCGUUCAUCGUUGGGGUCUAAAGCGUCAGUGGACGCGUUGCGGUUACAUCUACAUUCUAUAAUCCCGCCGAGGCCCUUCUUCAAAAUGUUCACGAGGCCCUUUAGACGCAAGUCGGUGCCUUCGAGCCCGGCCCUACCUCCCAAAACGUACCGAAGUAGCAGCGAAGGGCCCGNNNUCCAGGUGAGCGUGAGUGAGACGGAGCGAUCGCUGGUGGAACAGGAGUGGUUCCAUGGGGUUCUGCCUCGGGAGGAGGUGGUGCGGCUGCUGCGAGCUGAUGGUGACUACUUGGUGCGGGAGACGACACGCAACCACGCGCGGCAGCUCGUCCUCUCCGUCUGCUGGGGGCAGCACAAGCACUUCAUCGUGCAGACCACUCCGGAGGGCCACUACCGCUUCGAGGGCGCUGCCUUCCCGUCAGUAGGCGAACUAAUAGCGUGGCAGCGCGCGAGCGGCGUGCCCGUCACCGCGCGCUCCGGCGCCCUGCUGCGCCGCGCCGUGCCGCGCGAGACUUGGGAACUUAAUAACGACCACGUUAUACUGCUGGACAAAAUCGGACGAGUGAGUUUUACAUAUUCUUUGCAUGUCAUCAUCAUGAGCCCUUAUCUGCCCACUGCUGGACAUAGGCCUUCUCCAAUACUUCCCACAGAAUGUUACCUCCAUGUUGUAUUGUUUCCAGGCAAGUACACGUCGCUCUGCGAUGUGUGGAGUUACGGCGUGCUGAUGUGGGAGAUAUUCUCUAAAGGCGACACUCCCUACGCCGGCAUGAGCAACUCGCGCGCUCGGGAGAAAAUAGACGCCGGUUACCGAAUGCCGGCACCAGAUGGCUGUUCGGAGGACGUGUACGCUCUGAUGCUGCGCUGCUGGGAGUACGAGGCGGACAAGCGGCCGCACUUCCAUCAAAUAUACACUAUUAUUGAUAAUAUUUACAACAGGUAACAACGCAGAACAAAACAUUAAUAUUGGAAUAACCAACAAUUCGAUAUUUAAUAAACUAAAAUAUCAAUUUUAGUAUUUUCAAAUAGAUCUUGCUUGUCAACACAACUAUCGUAAUUUAAAAACGAUUUUCCAUCCUUCUCCGUCUCUAUGAAGAAGACAGAAAGAGAUAGUAUAUAGGUGUCAUAGCACUAAAGUUACAUACAAUGAAAAAAGAAAGCAUAUUGUUAUCCUUGUCAAUCUUCAUGAAAUAAAUAGAGACAACUAUAUUGUGGUAAAGCGUUUCGAUUUUUAACUUUAUUAUAAAGAUUAUUAUUUUUGUACAUUCAUGAUUAAUUAUAAUUUAGUUUAUGUAAAUAAAUUGCGUUACCCUGAGGCGUGCAAUGACUCCAUGAAAUUUCUUUUUGAUAUUAUACGUAACACAAUAUUUUAUUUUUAUAUUUACUUUAUUGAUAUUACUUUGUACAUAAUUAUGAAUAUUUUUGAUUGUUUAAUGGUUAGAGAAUUUUUGAACUGGUUUGUAAGUGUAAAAAUAAUGAAGUUAAAAACAAUAAUGUAAGCUUAAAAUAUGCCUAAAAAUUUAAUGUCCUGAUUUUGUGUAAUAAUUCUAUACUCAUUGUUAUUUUUAAUAUGUUUUUGAAUUGAUGAUUCUGUUAAUAAUCUUACGUAAUUGCAUAAUCGAAUAAAAUUGUGAAUAUCGAAUUAUAUUACCUAUAAGAUGUUUAUGUCAAUUUAGUAAUUUUAAUUAGUUAAUAUUUUGGUUUGUAUUAAUGGUUUAACAAUAAUUCUUAUGGCAAGUCAUAAAGGGAUACGAUUACAGUGCUCUGCAUUGGUGCAUUAAUGGCCUCAUUUGUCAUACAUUAUUUUGAAAAUAUCUGUUGAUUAUUCUAGCUUUUUUUGAUUUGACAGCUAUGACGUUGCAAUAUGGCGCAGGUUCUGGAACAUUCUAUUUUGUGAUUGGUCCACUUUGAUUAAAUAUGUUGAUAUUAUGAAAAUAUUAAGAUUGCUUUAAUGUUAAAAUCAGUGUUCUUAUUAAUAAUAUUAUGUGCAAAAUAUACAUAUUAUGUUAUUUCUAAAUUAUCUGUAUUAUUCUAUAUAUUUUUAAGAUUAUAUUUCGAUUAAAACCGAAGAGCUUCCGAGUGUUGAUUUAAUUUUAAGAAAUUAAAAUAGAUUUGAUUGUAUUUUGUAUUUGUGCGGUUGGUAAAAAUAAUGUGCUUCCAUUUUAUUGUGUUUCCAUUAAAUAACAGAUUGUAAUAUUUGUCUUGCCUACAUAGUUAGUGCAUAUUUCAAUGAAAUAACGUAAAUUUUCACUGUCAUCAUACAUAUAUAAAAACACUAAGAAAAAUGAAAUACAUAAUGUUUCUGUACUGGUGUUCCGGCAGUGGAAAUUUACGGUUAAAAAAUUAAAGUGAGAUAAUUCGCUGUAGUUAAUAUGUUUCUUAUUUUAGUCUUAAGUGAAAUGUAAAUAUUUUUAUGUCAAUAUCAAUUAAAGUGCCAGAUGAUUUGGAUUCGAAUA